AUGGAAAAUAAUCAAGAAACUCAUUGUUCUACUCAUAAUGAAGUAUUGGAGUACUACUGUUUCAAUUGUAAUAAACCUGUUUGUUCUACCUGUUGUAUGGAUCAUCACGGACACACUUGCGAACACUUUUUGAAUAUCACAGAGGAGUUCUUAAAGACUUGCAAUAUGGAUAAGAUGAUGUUGGAAAUCCUUCGUACUCUUGUUCAACAAUUUAAAUUCCUCCAGCAAUCAAUGACAGAUCCAUUCGGUGCCAUGAACAACAUGAUGGGUUCAAUGAACAAUAUGUUGGGAUCUAUGGAUCAAUGGUUACAAGGUGGUAUGGGAAUGAACAUGAACAUGAACAUGGGUGGUAUGGGAAUGGGUAUGCCACCAAUGGGAAUGCCAGGUAUGGGAAUGCCACCAAUGGGAAUGCCACCAAUGGGUAUGCCAGGUGGAUUCCCAAUGCCACCAAGUUCAAACUAUCCAGCUCAACAACCAACUCCACACUCAGCUCCAGCUCCACAACCAACUCCACAUUCAACUCCAGCGCCACAACCAACACCAGUUCCAGCUGUAACACCAGCUCCAGUUCCAGCACCAUCUGCAAACUCUAAAGUAUACAUUCUAUCGGCUGCACAAGGUAAGGAAGCACACUUGUUUGAUGUUUCCAAUAAGGACAUAAGCUUUGUCCAAUCUUUCAAGGUGGAUUACGAUUUCUAUUGUACAAACAACUCGUUGUGUUCGGUUGGUGAGGAGGUUUAUUGCUUCGGUGGUAGAAAUAAUCCAAAGAAGUAUUGUGUAUUCAAUGCCAAGACCAAGUCAUUCACAAUUCACGAUAUUACAGCUGGCUGUGACGGUGGUUACAAUCUAUCGGUGUGCUACGACGGCAAGGAUCAUAUCUACAUUCUCAACGGUUCAUUCCACAUCAUGAACAUGACCAAGGUCGAUCGUUUCAACAUACGUAGCAAGACAUUCGAAUCGUUCGUUCAAUUCUAUGACUACAGCCAAUUCCAUUGUUUGUCGCUCGUCCACAACAACCAUUUCAUCACCUUGCCAAGAGGAGAGUCACGUGCAUACUACAUCGACUUGAACACCAAGAAAGUGGAGAUCUACAACAACAGUCACCUGUUCCUCCAAUCGUCAGUGUUGGGUGCUAAUGAUGGUGCCGGCAAUAUCUACAUCCAAUUGAACAACACAAGAUUGGAGAGAUUCAAUGUUGUGACACGUGAGCUUGCUGGUCAAGUCGGUAAAUCACCCAAGACAUUUACACAGGCACGUGCAAUGCAUCACCACAGAUUCUCGGCAUCCGAAGGUUACAUAUAUCAUAUUGGUGAAGGUAGAUUGUACAGAUAUUCUAUUGAAUCUGCUCAAUGGGCUGAAAUCGGUUCUGAUGUUCAAAAGGUAGACAGACAAUUCUGUGGUGCUUCUUUAGUGUCAUUCAACUUAUAA